AUGAGCUGCACAAAUACAGAGUACUCCAUAGAAGCCCCAUUAAACCGAGAACCGUCGGUGAAGGAGCUCGUCUCAAAGUUCAUAACACCCAACUCAAUAUCCUACGACCGCAAUCAUGGCCCAGUCCCGCAUCUAUCCGCCGACACCCAUACCGUCCAAAUCGACGGGCUCGUCGCGAACCCCAUCCGUCUAAGCGUCCACCAACUUGCUACCGAUUUCCCGCAGCACGAGGUCUGGUGUGCGCUCGAAUGUGCCGGGAACCGACGGCAUACAAUGCGCACAAUGCUCAAGGAAGUCGAGGGGAUCGACUGGGGCGAUGCGGCGGUCAUGAAUUGUAGAUGGAAGGGGCCGAGGCUUAGAGAUGUAUUACACCGUGCGGGUGUGCGUCAGGACCAGGCACAAUCUCGAACUGAGGCUGGGCGUCCCUUGCAUGUUGCGUUCUCGUCGUAUCAGGUUCCAUGUCAGGAUGAUAAAUGGUUUGGAGGGAGCGUUGAGUUAGAGAGGGGGUUGAGGGAAGACGCAGAGGUGAUUUUGGCGCUGGAGGUGAAUGGUGCACCGCUGCAGCCAAACCAUGGCUACCCUGUCCGUGUGGUACUCCCCGGAAUCGCAGGCGCGAGAUGGGUUAAAUGGCUUGACAGGAUCACAGUCCAAGACGAGGAAUCGACGAACUUCUACCAGCGCCGUGACUACAAGGUGCUUCCGGAGGAGGCGGUGGACAGGGAUGCGGCGGAACAGUUCUGGGAUCGGACGCCUGCGAUGUCUGAAGUGUCAAUUAACUCUGUUGUUGCUGUACCCGAGUCCGAUGAGACGGUUUAUCGAUCCGAUGCGGGGAAGCUGGAGGUUAAGGGGUAUGCGGUUCCUGGGGGGUCAAGUGGGCCUGUGGCGAGAGUGCAGGUCUCAGGCGAUGGAGGGAGAACGUGGGUGGAUGCACAGAUCGGACAGUCGGAUCCGGAUAAUUUACUUGGAAAUGGUGCGAGGAAGUGGUGUUGGGUUUUGUGGAGGGCGGAGGUUGAGAUUGAGUCUGGAGCUGGGAAGCAGGUUGUGAGUCGAGCUGUUGAUGCUGGGGGAAACCAGCAAACAGAACACACGCAGUGGAAUCUAAGGGGGGUUGGGUAUAGCGGAUAUGGGAGAGCGAGGAACCUGACUGUUCGAUAG